CGCCCCGUUUCCGGUAGUGUACACAGAGCCCAGCAGCGGUGCAGCUAACUCUGCUCUCACAGAGAAAACAAAGAGAUUUUACAGCUUUAAGCUUCAUUAAAGGCUUUACUGGACCCGGACACACAGUUAGAUGGACUGUGUACUAAACCCGUGUUUGGUGUUGAGAGUGUGGACACGGCCUGAGAAAUGAGCAUCCAGAGCACCUAGAGUUUCCAGAGCAUCCAGAGCAUCUACAGCAUACAGGGUAUCCAGAGCACACAGAAUAUCCAGAGCAUCUACAGCAUCCAGAGUAUCCAGAGCACCCAAAGCAUCCAGAGCAUCUACAGCAUCCAGAGUAUCUAGAGCACCCAAAGUAUCCAGAGCACCCAAAGCAUCCAGAGUAUCCAGAGCACCCAGAAUAUCCAGAGCAUCUACAGCAUCCAGAGUAUCCAGAGCACCCAAAGCAUCCAGAGCACCCAAAGUAUCCAGAGCACCCAAAGUAUCCAGAGCACCCAGAAUAUCCAGAGCAUCCAGAGCAUCUAGAGCAUCCAGAGCACCCACAUCAAGGGGAAGAUGCUGUGCAACACCUUCCUGUUACUCUUGUUUCUCCUUAAAGCUGUGAACAUUAGAGGUGGCACAACUGCUGUCCCCGAACUCCUGGCGACCCAGAAUCCACCAGAAUCUACGACCACUUCAGCUCAAUGCCAAAGACCCACUUUACCAGCUAACGUGAUUCUGAAGGCUGACUCAUACAAAGAGAUAUAUGAAAAGGACUCCACUGCAAAGCUGGAUUGUGCACUUGGCUAUACACGAGCUACUUUUGUCAGCAGAACCAUCAAAUGCCUUGGAGGCAUUUGGACAGAAACUGAAUUUCGAUGCAAAAAAAAGUCCUGUGGAGCUCUUAAAGAUAUCCCUAAUGGGAGAUAUUUGAUUACAGAAGGAAUCGAGUUUGGAGCGAAAGUGAAGGCUGAAUGUGACCUCGGCUAUGAACUUUAUGGAUCUGACACUAGGGUUUGCAGUCAUAAUGGAUGGAGUGGGAGAGACCUUGAGUGUGAAGUGGUGAAAUGUACAGAAGUUCCCACCAUAGAGAAUGGAAAACCUGAAGAAGAACCAUACAGCCAGUAUGAAUUUGGACAGUCAAUUUCAUACAGGUGUAAUAAAGAUUUUGAUAUGUUUGGAGACUCAACAAUAACAUGUUCAAAAUAUGGACUUUUUCAGCCGGCUCCUCCUGAGUGUUUAAAAAUUUCCUGUGCAAGGCCAGAGAUUCCAGAUGCAACAAGAACGGAAGGACGGUCCCCUUAUAGAUAUAAAUCUACUGUCCGAUACGAGUGUAACCGUGGCUACAAAAUGAAUGGGGAAGGUUAUCUAGUCUGUCAGAAAGAUGGUUGGGUCCCACCCCCUCCAAACUGCACAAUGGUGACAUGUCCAAAGCCCUCUGUCUUCGAUAAUGGAUAUUUCAGUCCAGAUAAGGAGCUGUAUAAAUAUGAGGAAAAAUUGACGUUUUCUUGUAAGAAAGGCUUUAGACUUGAAGGAGCUUCAGAAAUCGUCUGUACCGUGGAUGAAAUUUUUAAACCUCCUCCUCCUCGCUGUGUGGUGGUGACAUGUCCAACACCUCCGUCUAUAAGUAAUGGACGAAUUAAUGAUCCAAUCCUGAAUAUAUAUAAUUACGGACAAACAGUGACGUACUCCUGUAUGGAAGGCUUUAGACUUCGAGGGGAAUCGAGACUAUCCUGCAUAGAGACCGGAAAGUUUCAUCCAAAUCCUCCUACGUGUGUGAGGACGUGUCCAGGACCUCCUGUUAUAGCUAAUGGAGAAUUUGAUCCAGUCCUGGUGCGGUAUGAUACUGGACAGGCAGUGACGUACUCCUGUAUAAAAGGGUUCAGACUUCAAGGAGCUUCAAAAGUAUCCUGCUCUGAGGAAGGAACUUUUAAACCAAAUCCUCCUGAGUGUGUGGAGACGUGUCCAACUCCUCCUACAAUAAGUAAUGGAGAAUUUGAUCCACACCUGAAGCAGUAUGAUCAGGGACAGAAAGUGACGUACUCUUGUCCAGUAGGCUACAGGCUUAAUGGAUUUUCAACAAUAAUCUGUUCUAAGGGUGGAAAAUAUCAUCCUCCUCCUCCUACUCAGUGUGAGCUCCAUUGGGGCGCUAUUGCCAUCUUUACAACCACCCCACUCGCACUGUUGGCCUUAGGUGGGGCUCUGUUUUUGAGGAACAAGAAAAAUGCUGGAAAGGUGGCAGUCAAAACUGAAGAGGAUGGGUUAUAGCACUCGCACUAUACUGAUCUCAGAGCUAUUCCAUGUCCACGUUCGACAUGAAGCCACUUUCAAAUAAAUUAUUUUGAGCUGAUGCUGAAUGUAAACUCUGCCAGCCCCUGCACUUCCCACAGCUUCAGCAUUAAGACCAGUUUAGAUCAUUCUCAGAAAGUUCUCUUCUAAAAGGUAUUUAAUGUUCAUGCACUGAAAAAAAGUUCUGUACCAGUCAGAAGUUUGGACGCACCUCUUAUUUAAUGCGUUCAUUUCCUUUUAUGAUGAGCUGGAGCUUUUUUCACAUCGUGAUUGAAAAGCAGCAGCUAUUGUUCAGCACCUCCAGAAACUCCUUCCUUCGAGACGCAUUAAUAUUAAACUACAGUGUAGAAAAUACAUUAAAAUAAUAAAUAAAGAAAAACAUUGAAUGAGAAGUUGUUUCCAAACUUUUGACUGGUAUAAUAUUUUGUGGCUGACCUGUACCACAUAAAUGAAGUCUUUUUGUCUUUUUGAUAAUUUUAUAUUAGUUAUGUUUCAUUCUGUUUUAAAUUGGUUUCAUGUGGCUUAUGUUGUUUGUACGAAAAGUAAUUAAAUAUUUUUUGUAUAUUUCUUUUUCAAUCCCUGUUUAAUAUAAAUACUCUGUAAAAUUUAAAAAAAAGGCCCGCCCUCAGUAGUAAACCUCAGAUUAAAAAUUAAGAGAGGUUGAGUGAGAUAGAAUUAUUUAUUUAUAUAUUUAUGUAAAUUUACUAUUAUUUACUUUAGAAGAACUAUUAGAAAUACUAGUGCAUCUAAAAAAAAUUCAGUAAUGCUGAAAAGUUUUCUGGAGGUUAUUUUGAUAUUGUCAUUUAGCGCAUUUAUUUGCAGAAAAUGAGAAAUGGCUGAAAUAACAAAAAAGAUGCAGAGCUUUCAGACCUCAAAUAAUGCAAAGAAAACAAGUUCAUAUUCAUAAAGUUUUAAGAGUUCAGAAAUAAUCAAUAUUUGGUGAAAUAUAACCCUUGUUUUAAUCACAGUUUUUUUUCAUGCAUCUUGGCAUCAUGUUCUCCUCCACCAGUCUUACACACUGCUUUUGGAUAACUUUAUGCUGCUUUACUCCUGGUGCAAAAAUUUAAGCAGUUUGUUUAAAUCAAAGAAACUCAUUCUUUUUAAGUGGUCUCUCAUUUAUUUCCAGAGCUAUAUAUGAUUUUCACAUAUUAAACUGAAUUACUGAAGUACCAAAGUACCUUUUCAAUGAUAUUCUAUUUUUUUGAGAUGCACUAGUAUUGUUCUUCUAGAGUAAAUAAUAGACACGAUACUGAAUAUUUGUACAGUAUUUAUAGUUUAGAACAAACAAAAUAUUGAAGUUUUCUACUUUUAUUUAGUAGAAUUAAGCACCUUUAUUCCUUAUAUUCUCAACGUUACAUGAUGAAUAGACCAAUAGAAUGUUAGGGGGCCACAAUAUUAUACCAAGGGUCAUGUAAAAUAAAAAAGGCUGGGCUGUGCAGAAGGCCUGCCUUUUAUAUCCAAAGGCUUAGCCUAGCUAAAAGCUGUAUGUGCUAAAUACUUCCAUGUUGUGUGUGUCUAUAUUUAUGUGUCUUCUUCUGAAUAAUCCUGGGUGAUAAAGCUUUCAUUUAUGUCAAACAAUUCGCAAACGUUCUCUUUUUGUCAGUAUUAAACUGUUCACUGUUUAAAAGCUGCUGUAUUAGAGAAGCUGUUGGUGCAGGCAUCUCUCACACUUCCUAAAGUCAGGCUCAUUUUACUUUCCACUGUGUUUUUUUUAAUGUUAUUCUUUUAAUAUGUGUUGUUUUUUAGUGUAAUGGUGAAAAGCAGCUUCUGAUUCAGUGUUUAUUAAAAAAAAACACACAUUUAACAAGAGUGAAUUAAAGAUAAAAUCAUAAACACUG